UUGAAAUGUACGUCAUUAAUCGAGUUAUCGAAACCAUCAUGAUGCCCCUGUCGCCGAAGUAUCUUCGCGUCACGGCCAUCCUAAUCGCGAUCUAUAAAGUGCUUACGGCACACGUAUUCCUAUUUGUUAUGCUGCUCGGGCUGGCGCAUGCCGAGGAGAUGAGCACCAUCCUGCAGAUGAGCAUCGCCGACCAGAAGGACAGCGAGUACAUCUGGACGGCAACGGAGCAGGAAGAGUCCAUCAACGAAUGGCGCUUCAAGUCCGCCGAAAAGCUCGCUUCCGUUACGCUUUGCAUGCUGUACAUCGGUACAACGGUGGCCACCAUCUACGUGCUGAGCUGUUUGGGACUUUUGAUUGGAACGCUGCGUAAUCGGCACGAGUUUUUUAUCCCCUGGAUGGUAGUGGACUUCUUCGGUACGCUGGCAAUUGGGUCCGUUGUACUUGCGUGCGGUUGUAACGAUUCCACCUACCAAUACGUGGCCAAGUGGGAGUACUGGGGUUUCUGUGCGGUUAUGAUCAUCUUCAACGUGACCGUUUGGGGUGUGAUUCGACAGUUUUACAAAAAUCUUGUCCACAUGACGAAACUUCGCGAGGUAGCGAUUGUAGCGAUUCCAUGCCCUGCUGCACCGCCAUCCACCGGUACCGGUAACGACAAUGGCAUGUGUCCCUCUAGUAAAUGCAAGACUGGAACAACCGUACCGCCACCGUAUCACUAUCGCAAGGAAAAUAUGCACCUCAGCGAUGGCGGUCUGAAGCACAUCCUCUUCGAUGCCAACGAAGCCAACUAUCUGGUGUAA